AUGCCGCCCGUGAGAUACGAGCAAGAGCCAAUAGCCAUCGUCGGUCUGGCAUGCCGGCUCCCAGGCUCAUGCAACAGCCCCAAUGCGUUAUGGGACUUCCUCAUGCGCGGGGAAAUCGCCCCUCGAACUCCACCUGGCAGCCGCUUUGAAUUUUCCACGCAUCAUGACGGUUCCAAAAAGCCGCAUACGAUGAUCAGCCCGGGGGGCAUGUUCAUUGAUGCAGAUCCACGAGACAUCGACGUAUCCUUUUUCAGAUUAACCAAAUCCGAGGCCACGGCUAUGGAUCCCCAGCAACGCCAACUCCUCGAAGUAGUCUACGAAGGCCUGGAAAAUGCUGGUGUUACCUUGGACGCAAUCAACGGGCAGCCCAUUGGAUGUUUUGUAGGCUCAUAUGCAUGCGACUAUGCCGAUAUGCAGGCCCGUAAUCCGGAAGAGCGAGCGAACAUGACCACACUUGGUACAGGGCGUGCUAUGCUAAGCAAUCGACUAAGCCACUUCCUCAACAUCAAAGGGCCAAGCAUGACUAUCGAUACUGCUUGCUCUGGGAGCUUGUUCGGACUCGAUGUUGCGAACAGAUACCUACAAACCGGAGAGAUUAGCGGUGCGAUUGUCGCGGGGUCUAAUAUCUAUCUUAGCCCUGAGCAUGUCAUGGAUAACUUGAGCGCCAGUGGGACUUCCUCCCUCUCCGGUUUAUGCCAUACGUUUGAUGAGAAAGCAGACGGUUAUAUCAAGGCAGAAGCCGUGAACAUGGUGUUUUUGAAGAGAUUAGACGACGCUAUACGAGACGGCGACCCCGUCCGAGCUAUUCUCAGAGGUUCUGCUACCGGCAGUGAUGGAUGGACUGCGGGCAUCGCGAGUCCUAAUUCCGCCGCACAAGCAGCUACGAUUCGCCAAGCAUAUGCAAAUGCAGGCAUUACGAAUCUAGCCGCUACCAACUAUAUCGAGUGCCACGGCACUGGUACCAAGGCGGGAGACGUAAUCGAGGUGAACGGCAUUUCUUCGGUCUUUACGGAAGCCAUUUUUGACGACACGCCAUUGCGGAUAGGAUCCCUGAAGAGCAACAUCGGCCACUCUGAGCCGGCUGCAGGCAUAUCGGGCCUGCUCAAGGUCGUACUCGCUCUGGAACAUGGCGUCAUCCCCGGCAACCCAACCUUUGUGACGCCAAAUUCCAACAUAGACUUCAAACGCGUCAAGCUCUGGACUUCUAGGACCGCGAGCCGAUGGGAAGAGCCGCCUUCCCUUCGCCGAGCAUCGAUAAACUCUUUCGGAUACGGUGGAGCAAACGCGCAUGCUGUUGUUGAUUCCGCUCAAGGAAAGAGCAGCCAUAUCUCCUCCUAUCCUGACGAUGAAGACCUAUUCGCUGACGAGCCCACGAUCGAUCGUCCCUACGUGCUAUCAUUGUCUGGUAACGAUACACAAGCUCUUCAGGAUAACAUCGAAGCGCUGCAGCGGCAUAUCGCUAAUCCGGCUGUUCGAAUCUCAAUGCGAGAUCUCGCAUACACAUUAUCUGAAAAACGAACACAUCACUUCCACCGAGGCUACCUGGUCGCUGAUGGCUCGGAUAUCUCCCAAGACCAACCAACACUGGGCAAAUCAACAUCUGCUCCCCGAAUUGGCCUUGUCUUUACAGGACAAGGCGCGCAGUGGCCUCAGAUGGGAAGAGAUUUGGUUGCGAACUUCCCGCAGGCAAAGGCUCACAUACUACAUCUUUCUUCGGUCCUGACUGGCCUACCAGAUAGCCCGAAAUGGUCGCUCAUCGAGGAACUUACACUACCACGUACCAGGGAGCAGUACAUGAACCCAGAACUGUCCCAAACGCUCGUCACAGCUCUUCAACUGGCACUACUUGCGGUACUCGCGGACUGCGGACUCGGAUAUCAAACGGUGGUUGGGCAUUCCUCUGGAGAGAUUGCUGCGGCCGUUGCGGCUGGAUGCUUAACGCCGGAACUGGCCAUCAAAAUUGCAUUCUACCGCGGAAAGGCGACCUCCAGCGCAACUUACAAGAGUCCAGUUGGUAUGAUGGCCGUAGGUUUGAGCGAGAAAGAGGCUCGAGCAUGCCUCGGAACGACGGCCAAUGUUCAAAUUGCAUGCGUAAACAGCCCGAAGAGCAUCACCCUAGCAGGCGAUCGCGCAGAGCUAGUCGAACUAGAAACGCGAAUAAAAAGUCAAGGACACUUUGCGAGGUUACUCUUAGUCGACGCGGCGUAUCACUCAGAGUACAUGGCAGACGUCGCUUCGAACUACCGCAGCCAUCUAGAGCACAACUGCGACUGGAAGGUCGACUCAGUCGCAGAAGCCAAUAUGUAUUCCACCGUCACUGGCUCCAUCAACCCAGACGUUUGCAAUGCUUCGUAUUGGGAGGCGAAUAUGAGGUCUCCAGUACUUUUUGAUUAUGCUGUCCAACGUAUUCUCCAAGCCAACGAUGCUCCCGAAAUGUUGAUUGAGAUUGGUCCAAGUAACGCGCUUUCGGGCCCGAUCAAUCAGAUAAAACAACAUCUAAAUUCGAAUAUUCCCUAUAUGCCCGCAUGGAAGAGGGGUCCUGAUGCACUACGCGCCUUCUGCGAUCUAGCCGGUCAAUUAUUCAUCAGAGGCAACGCUAUCAAUCUGGCACGAUUCAAUCAAGACUUCAACGAAAGCCCUCUAGCCGUGAUUGUAGACCUGCCAAACUAUCGCUGGAACCAUUCGGUCAAGUACUGGCAUGAAGGGAAUUCAAGCAAGGAAUGGCGCUAUCGAAAGUACCCACACCAUGAUAUUCUCGGCACGAAGAUUCUUGGGACCCCAUGGCAACAUCCAAUCUGGUCGAAGCUCCUUCGGGUGCAAGACUUGGCGUGGAUUCCAGACCAUAAGCUUGGCGAGAGCAUCGUGUUUCCGGGUGCUGGAUAUAUCGCAAUGGCAAUCGAAGCGGCUUUCCAGACAGAAAAGGCCACACAGCGAAUCCCCAAAGAUGUCAGAAUCAACCAAAUGACAUAUAUUCUUCGAGACACUCGCUUCUUGAGAGCUAUGUUACUAGAAGACGGUACGGAGACGCGCGUUAUUACCACUCUCACAUCGCGCUCGACAAGCGCAAAGCAGAUAUGGUAUGAUUUCAAGAUCUCGACCCAGAUGGUCGACCUCGUGACCGACCAUUGCCAGGGACUUAUUCAAGUUCAGGAAGCUAUCGCUGCCAAGGCCGGCGAGAAAGACAUGCUUCCCCUUGAGUUUCCCGAACCCGGUUCUGUCUGGUACAAGACAAUGCGCAACAUUGGAUACAGCUUUGGUCCAAGUUUCCAGAGACAGCUUCAAGUCGAGUCAGUGGCUGGUUCGCAUCGCAGUCGUUCCUUGCUGUCUUUUGAAGCGUCCCAGUCAUCGAGUAAAGAGUCAGCAUAUGCACUUCACCCAACCAGUAUCGACGUCUGCUUUCAGUCUGUGGCGGCUUCGAUUUGGAAAGGCUCGAGAUCAUCGGUAGACAUUCGUCUUGUCCCGAGCUCCAUUAGUGAGUUGAUUAUAGCAGCGCAAUCCACGCCUCUUACUCUCGCUAUGUCGAUAGCUACGUCGCGAUUCGCCGGAGUUGGGAGAGUCGAUGAUCCAAAGACCUACGCGUCGGAUGUGUCUGCGUAUGAUCAUGCGACGCAUCAGGAGUUAGUCCGUCUGACGGGCCUAAAAUAUCGGAGCCUGGAAAUGGACAAGACGGCCAGCGAUAAUCACGUCUAUAAUCGUAGUAUAUGGAGGCCCGAUGUCACAAAGCUCACAGAAACCCAAUGGCGUCAGCUGCUUGAGUGUGAAGAGAAGACCGCGGGCACCAAGACAACUUCGACCGCCGCCUUAAAUGAGGUUCUCGACCUCAUGGCAUUCAAAAAGCCGGAUAUGCGUGUUCUCGAGGUGAACUUUGACGGCGUUCAACCUUGCAGUGUGUGGAUCGAUGGCUGCAACACGGAAUCUUUCGAUAGAACUACAUGUUGCUAUACGACCCUUGUGGUUCCCUCACACUCGGCAUUGAGCGAGGUUACGCGGACCUACGGGCAUCUGAAAAAUCUCACAAUGCAGCGGGCGCCGGACGUGGCGAAAGUCGAAAACCCCGAGCCUUUUGACGUUGUAAUAGUCAAAGUACCCACGCUUGCGGUAGUAGAGCCUCAAUGGAUUGUCAAAGCACGUCAAUUCCUAUUAGAAUCAGGAUACCUUGUAGUCGUUGAAGAUACAAAUCAAAGCGCCAGACCUCAUCCAACACAAACUGAAGCCACGCAGUCGUUCAUCGAGUCAUUACAGGAAGCCAGGUUUGACAAUGCUAUUCAUCUCCCAUACGCAUCGUGCUACCUUGGAUCGUCUCGCCCGCAAGCAUGCACGCUCAAAGCCGACACUAACAAAAUCGGGAUCCUUCAUUUCAACUCUAGCGAGAACGAAACUGCAGAGAUUAGCUGCGCGUUAUCGUCACGAGGUUGGGACAUCACCCACUACCAUCUGCCCCUGGCAGGUAUUGAGCCUGGUAGCACGGUGAUGGUUCUGGACGAAUUGUGGAGUCCUGUCUUGACCAAUGUCUCCCAACAAGCCUGGUCGGCCCUGAAGACAGUACUGUCCAGCAAAUGCCGGGUCCUAUGGACAACGCUGAGAUCAGUCAUGGACGUCGCGCACCCCGACCGCAGCCUCAUAUACGGAUUGGCCCGAUCCAUCUGCAGCGAAGACCCAACCGCCAUGAUCAUGACACUGGACGUAGCCUCGCCACGCGGCGACGCCACAGUGGGAGCGAUCAGCCAGGCCAUCCAAGCCGUGCAGACCGCCACCACCACAACCGGGACGGACUGCGAGUUCAUCGAACGCGGCGGGAUGGUGUAUAUCGGACGAAUCAUCCCAGACGCCCCGCUCAACCGCCAACAGCGCGCCAACGCCGCCGGCGCAGAAUCGCUGCCCCUCCAGCUCUUCCAGCAGCAGCAUCGCGUCCGGCUGCAGAGCUACCGGCCUGGCGCGCUCGAUUCGCUCGUCUAUGCAGAAGUGCCUGACGACGAUGCCAUCCCGGCCACGCAAAUCGACGUUGAGAUCCACGCUGUCUCGUUGAACUUCAAGGACAUCGCCAUCAGCAUGGGCUACAUACCCGGCAACGAAUACCUGCUCGGACUGGACGGUGCCGGGGUAAUCCGCCAGGCUCCGCCGAAUUGUACGCAGUACCGGGUCGGCCAGCGCGUCUUGGCGAGCACGAAAGGCAGUCUUGCGAAUCGCGUGCGCUGCGAUAUCGACGGCGAGGUGUUCCCGAUUCCGGACGGGGUGUCGUUCGAAGUGGCGUCGACGUUGAACACAGUGUACUCGACUGCGUUCUAUGCGUUGGUUGAUGUGGCACACGUGAAGGCAGAAAUGUCGGUCCUGAUUCAUUCGGCAGCUGGUGGGCUGGGUUUGGCUGCUGUGCAGAUUUGCAAGCACCUUGGGGCGACUAUCUUUGCUACUGUUGGCGCGGAUGCGAAGAGGAAGCAUUUGGUCGAGAAGUAUGCGAUUCCUGACGAGCACAUAUUUUCGUCUCGAUCUGCAGACUUUGCUGUGCGCUUGAAAGAUGUCACGGCGGGCAAAGGUGUAGAUGUUGUGCUGAAUUCGUUGACGGGUGAGCUUCUACACGCAAGCUGGGGCUGCAUUGCGACAGCAGGCACAUUUAUAGAGUUGGGUAAAAGGGAUAUCUUAGAUGGGGAGUGUUUGAGUAUGGCGCCGUUCAAUCGGAAUGCGAGAUUUUGCGGCGUGGACAUGUCUCACGAUUCUAUCACGCCGGCACUUCUCAAAGACGUUUUUGGCUUGCUGAAAGAAGGCCAUAUUCAGCCUGAAAUCAGCAAGGUCUACGGUUUCGCAGACGCGCAGGCUGCGUUCCGCCAUUUGGGCACUGGGGAAUCCAUUGGCAAAAUCGUCAUCUCGAGAACGCACGACCAGCAAGGCCCAAUUGUUCCGAUCCGGGCAGCGGCACCUCGUCUCUCACUUCGCCUCGAUGCCUCCUAUCUCAUUGUGGGGGGUUUGAAAGGUCUUUGUGGGAGCUUGGCAGUAUAUCUCGCCCAAGAAGGGACCAAAACACUCGUAAUACUGUCACGCUCGGGAUACGAUGAUGAAAAAUCACGAUCCAUCAUAUCCAAGAUUACAUCGCUGGGCUGUCGCGUAGAUCUGGUAAAGGGUGAUGUCACUAGUGAAGCAGACGUAGAGCGAGCCUUUACAGAAGCCUCAGCGCCAAUCUUCGGAGUUGUGCAGGGAGCAAUGGUCCUUCGAGAUAAACUCUAUAGCUCAAUGACCCACACCGAAUUCCACGCCGCCAUCGCGCCAAAAGUCCAAGGCACAUGGAACCUGCACCGCGUCGCGCUGCGCCUGGGUAACACACUAGAUUUCUUCACGCUGCUCUCCAGCCUAUGCGGCAUCGUCGGCCAAAAAGGCCAAAGCAACUACGCGGCCGCCAACGCCUUCCUCGACAGCUUCGCGCACCACCGCCGCGCCCUGAACCUGGCCGCGUGCGCCGUCGACCUCGGUCUCAUCGAAGACGUGGGCUACGUCGACGGCAAAGCGGCGCUGGACAAGCGCCUGCGCAGCCAGGGCUGGCACGCCAUCAACGAGACGCUGCUGGCGCAGAUCCUGUACUUCUCCAUCCUCCAGCAGAAGCGCCCGGCGCUCAACCCUUCUAGCUCGUCGCAUCUGAUCGCGGGAAUGCCGGUGCCGUUGCCGGAGCAGUCGCCUGCGCAGCGCGAUCCGCGGUUUAGCGCUCUGCGGCAUGCGAGCGGGUUGGGGGCGCAGCGGGGUUCUUCGAGCGGCGGGGAGGCACAGUCGGCCGUUCAGAUCCUGCGUGAGGCGUGGAAAGCGCAGGAUGGGGAUGGGGAUCAGCCUGAGCUUCUGAGUACUCUGAUUGUGUUGGCGAACAAGCAAUUCAUGAAGAGUCUCGGGAUGGCGGAGGAGAUGGACCCCGUGCGGCCGAUUGCCAGCUACGGCAUCGACUCGCUAGUCGCCGUCGAGUUCAAGAACUGGACGUCGGUGGAUUUAGGGGUGGAGGUCGCGACAUUGGAUAUCAUGGGUGCGAAAACGCUGGCGUCUUUGUGCCAGGUCAUUUUGAAGCGGGGGUUCCAAAGCCGUGGGCAGAAGUAA